UUUUUUUUUUUUUGGUUCCUCUUGAAUGUGUUUAUUUUUUGUCUCGGUUUUCAUCCUUCUUGCCAUUCUCAGUCUGUCAUCAUCUCGCCACUUCUGUCCGUACCUUAAUUUUCAUCCGUCCCUGCUGCUUUGUCAUCCCUGUUUUUCAAUUUGCAUGCAUCCCUUCCCCCACACUGUAAGGCUGGCUGCUGGCUGCUGAUGCUGUCUUGUGAUGCUGAAGAAGUAGUUGUGUUUUACUGAAUGGGAAUCAGGCUAUUUUCCACACGUGCUUACACGUGAGGUUUUUGUGUUUCUGCCAGAUGAUGGGAAAGUAAAGAAUGUGUCUUCUGUUGUUUUGGUCAUGCAACACUGACAUUAUAGACGAUACAAGACUAACUAUGCAUGUUUGUGUUUAUUUGUUCAGAUUUUCACGUAAGAGAGAGAGCGAUCCAGGAAAACUGUCCCACUAUAGCCAGUAACUUAGCCCAGCCUAUCUCCAGUCAACAUAGAGUUUCUUGUCAAGGCAAAGCUGAUAAUUUGAUUUUCUCCUGUAUAGAAUGACAUGGCAGUGGUCAGGUUUGCUUUGACCGCUAAUCUGUUGGUGGCCGUGACAUGAUAAAAACAAACUUUCUUUGUUUGAACUUAGCCAAGGACGCAGUGGUUUGUUUGCGGAAGUGCAAGUCAGUCUGAUUUGAAGGUGUUUGGGUAAAGGGUAAAGUGUCUGCCUUUUAUGAUGUUAUUGUUUUUCAUCUCUACUAGAGCUUGGCGUCUGACUACAUUUUAUCAUAAUUGUUUGAAUAUUUUUUUUUAAUGCAAUGGGAGUCUCUGAAUGUUCUGAACUCCCUUUUCUGUAUCACUAUUUUAUUGAGCAAAAUAAUAAACAGCAACUCUAGUGGUUGCAGCAAGUAAUUUGCUUCCAGGGGUGCUCCAAUCAGGGUUUUAUGCUGCCGAUUCCGAUACGAUCAUCCAUGAGUGCGAUCGGCCGAUGCCGAUCACAUGGAUUAACAUUUUUCAAUUUAUUUACGAUGAGUGCUAUUGGCCAGGGGCACCGUUACACAAUUCCAAGGGCCCCUAGCAAAUAGGUAAUUAUUAAAAAAUAAACGUUGGAGUGGAUUGUGGUUUGACUGCCUUUUAUUUGUGUGAAACUAUUAUUGUACUAUUUGAUAAAAACCUGAAUUUAAUUUUAAAUUGGAAUAAUACGAAUACAUGGGAAAUAAACUCUUCAAUAAUUAUUUUUUUAGCUCAAUAUAAUAAAAUUAACAAUGUCCUGCUGCACUUAAGAGAAUAAAUUGAAUGUCCAGGUUGCAGGGGUGUCAAACUCUCAUCAGUAUGAGAGCUGUUACUAUUUGUGUAUUAUUUAUGACUGGCAACAUUUCAAUUGAAUACUACUUUAUUUACCAAGCACCUCUCCAGUCAGUGUGGCCAUCAUCUUUAGGCUAUUUUGUCCUCAUUUGUCAUUAUAUAAAGACAUAAAAGUCUGAAUUGAACAGUUAUAAACAAACUACUGAGAGUUGAAGCAAAUAUUCUUUGACUCUUUGGUGAGGUACUCAAAAUCAGCUGGCGACAUAGGAGACCCCUGUGAUAGUCUCACCAUCAUAAGGCUGGACACACUAUGUGUUUAUGUUCAUUAAACAAUCACACACAAACAGUGUUUGGAGGACAGGACACGAUCAGUACAAUGGCAACAAGAAAAAGUUAAUAUGAACGGCCCAGCCCGAACAAGCCACACGGCAUCUCCCUCCUGUAGACCCACCACAUGCGGGUCCGGUGCAUUGUGCUUUGGGUGGCGGUCGAGGGCAGGCACCUGGGUGUCCUGGUCUUCGGCGACCAAAUCUGGUUCUUGGAAUAUGAAAUGUCACUUCUCUGGUAGGGAAGUAGCCCGAACUUGUUAGAGAGGUGGAGAUAUUCCGACUCACCUUGGGUCGGACUCACCUCGACCCACAGUUUGGGUUCUGGAACCAAACUCCUCGAGAGGGGCUGGACCAUGUUCUCCUCUGGAGUUGUUGCAGGGCAGAGGCGGCGAGCUGGUGUGGGCUUAUUAAUAGCCCCCCGACUCGGUGCCUCUGUGUUGGAGUCGGUUAACGAGAGGGUCAUUUCCCUACGCCUUUGGGUUGGGGAAAGGGUCGUGACUGUCGUUUGUGCGUACGCGCCGCAACUUCAGAGUACCCCGCCUUCUUGGAGUCCAUCAGAGGGGUGCUGGAGAGCACCCCAGCUGGUGACUCUGUUGUUUUACUGGGAGACUUCCAAGCCCAUGUGGGCAAUGACAGUGUGACCUGGAGGGGCGUGAUUGAGAGGAAGGCCUCCCCGAUCAGAACCCGUGAGGUGUGAUGUUGUUGGACUUCUGUGCAAACCUCAGUUUGUCCAUCACAAACACCAUGUUCCAACAUAAGGAUGUCCACAAGUGCACUGGGCACCACGACACCCUAGGCCGCAGGUCAAUGAUCGACUUUGUAGUCGUAUCAUCAGACCUGUGUCUGCAUGUUCUGGACACGUUGGUGAAGAGAGGGGUUGAGCUGUCAACUGAUCAUCACCUGGUGAUGAGUUGGAUUAGAUGGCGGGGGAGGAUGCCGGACAGACCUGGGAGACCCAAACGUGUAGUGAGGGUGUGCUGGGAACGUUUGGCAGAGUCUCCUGUUCGUUGAAUCUUCAACUCUCACCUCCAGCAGAGCUUCACCUGCAUCCUGGGGGAGGACGAGGAUAUUGAGUCCGAAUGGGCUCUAUCUGAUGAAGGUGAUAUCAACUUCAAACUAACCACAUUGCUUGUUUGUUGAAAAACAAAACGUCACUGUGGUAAAAAGUCACAUUUGUGUCCGAAGACCAGCAGGUAGGCGGAUAACUCUAGCUAGCGAGCUAGCUGCUGCCAAUGUAAAGUACAGCCAGUGACAGACAGGCAAAGCGUGUAAACAAAGAUGCAAGAAUGGUCAAUCAGCAAUGGGUUUGGUAAGGGAGUGAUCAAACACGCUGGCAUUGAUUGGCAUAGCCUGUGUCAAGCUCAAUACGAGACGCGUCAUUUUGUUGGCACAUCUACGUGACACAGCAGACUUUUACAGGAUUUUUUGUGAUCGGCUUUGAAAGGCGUUUAUCGGCAUAGGUGUUUUUUAUGGAAAUCGGCCAAUAUUGAUCGGUGGCCGAUCAAUCGGGGCCAUCCCUUUUUGCUUCAAUUGCUUCAAUACAUGAAUAAUCAACAGUCAUUUACACAUAAUGGGAACAGUUUACGGACUGCUGAAUUUUACAGCCAUUAAUAUUUUGUUACAAUUGUAAAACGGCCAUUUUUAUGAGAAACUGUUAGCAGGCUACCUUGAAACUGUUGUUAUGCCACACCUUGCCAGCAUAUCACAAAGCCGACAUAAUAACGGAGAAAAAAUGUUUGCAUAAUCGCAAAGACAAAAAUGAGUAAAACAUGAAUCUACUUUGUUCAUGUUUAUUUCAUAUAUGUCAAUUGAGAGCCCUAUAGGUAAUUCCAGUAGAAGCUGUCUUGAACAACUAUAUGACUAAAGAACAAUGCGUAGCUCCAGGGGAAAAAUAGUGGAUGUAUACCAGAUAGAUGAGUGAGACAUGAGUUGAGAGUUUCAUGUGAAUAGUUUUGAACAAGUUUGUUCUAUCUCAGUUUCGCAGUUGGCAAUACAAUAAUACUUUAUGUUUAGCAUUUGUAAGUGAGACAUGGCAUCAUCAUAUGAGUGUGGCUUUUGGUAGUGGUGACAUCCAGGCUGUAAAGGUGAAAUGAAAACCUGUCAACGCUGUGUCAUCAACCUCACAAUGGGAUGUCCUCCUGUGACUGACCCGCACCCAGCAGCAUCUUUGUUUCGGGCAUUACUCAAAGGCUGACAGCUAUACGAUGGAAAGUAAACUUAGGCGUUGCUGUUGUGUUAGGGCCAGUCUUAUCAGGUGUCGGGGAUCCUGUGCAACCUGUUCUGUUGUAUCGAAGUGGACAGGUGUUGUUUUUGGAGAGUUUGUCAGCUCAGAAACCCUCAUGAACUCGGCCUUGAACCAUGUUGUAUGAGUGUGAUGUGUUAUGCCUCUUUAUUUUGUCUUCUGUGGUGUGUGCUUUUCCAAGUAACUUUUGUGCUAAAAAUGUAGUAAACUAAUACACUAUAUACACUUUUCCAGUGUUCGUGCAUUGGCAUGGCUUAAUUUGCUUUUGACAUUGCAUAGUCUGUUAAAUUACCCUGAUGUGAAACUGCAUUCCAAAUCUACGAUAAACCCAGAUGCCAUCAUGAGGGUGGUGUGGCUCAGGUGGUAGACUGAUCCUCUCUCUCAACUGGAAGGUUGCAGGUUUUGAUUCCCAGUUCUACCUCGGUGUCCUUUAACAAGAUAUUGAGCCCAGAGUUUCUUCUCUUCAACUUCAGAAUGUGAGAAAUGUCGUUCCGUGACCGCAUGUAUGCCACCUUCACAGUGUGAGUGGCCAAUUGUUCGUUGACAGAUUGAUAAAUGAGCAGCAUUAACUGUCGCCCGGACGCAGUUUCAGUUUAUUUAGUAGAAUCCCGGUUAAUGCCAAACAAUAACAUUGUCUUCCUGAAAUCUUUGUUGUGAGGUGGAUGAGACGACGUCAUCAAGUAGUUGGAUAAGCACCUCCCAAAAGGAAACCUGCACAACAACUUGUGCACAGCAACUAAAUAAAAAUUUAUCAGUAAGGCAGAGGUCAUCAACAACCGGGCCGCGAAAAACUUCCAGAAGCAAUGAUUUAAAAAAGGCUGGUUUUUAAAACAUUGUUUUGUAAAUAACACCAUUGAAUUUUAUGUAAAUUUUAGAAAUAAGAGCGAUUAUUUUAUUGGAAAAAAUAAUAUACUAUUAGAAAGCUCACAGCUUUUGCAUGUUCAUGUCAUUUUGUGUCCUUCUGUUUCAAGAGAGUUCACCAUUCCAAGUUUGUUCGGUGGUCCUUCAACAUACGAAGUUGUGUGCUAUGAGACUGAAAAUUACGUACUUCUCCGAUGUUGCCAUAAAUAGACUUAUAUUUUUCCUUUUUCUGUCACCUGAUCAUUGUCCCCAAAUGCUGAUGACGUGUGUUAAUGUAUAAAGGUGCUUUACUACACUAAAAUGCAAAGCAGAGAAAAGCUAAAGAGGGAGAAGAUGGACGUGCAGAAUCAGUGUAACAAGAGACUGAGGGUGUGUGUGGCGACAUGCAACAGAGCAGACUACUCAAAGCUGGCUCCCAUCAUGUUUGAAAUCAAAGCCCACCCUGAUGACUUUGACCUGGAUGUAGUUGUGCUUGGGUCGCAUCUCAUUGAUGACUACGGGAACACGUUUCGUAUGAUUGAGCAGGAUGACUUUGACAUCAGCUCCAAACUGCACACGAUUGUGAGAGGAGAGGAUGAGGCAGCCAUGGUAGAGAGUGUUGGGCUGGCGCUGGUCAAACUUCCAGAUGUCCUGCAGAGACUGCGGCCGGAUAUCCUCAUUGUCCAUGGUGAUCGUUUCGAUGCACUGGCUCUAGCAACUUCCGCAGCAUUAAUGAACAUUAGAAUACUUCAUCUGGAGGGCGGAGAGGUAAGCGGCACAAUUGACGACUCCAUCCGCCAUGCCAUCAGUAAACUGGCCCACUUCCAUGCCUGCUGCACACGAAGGGCGGAGCAGCACCUCAUCUCCAUGUGUGAAGACCAUUCUCGUAUCUUGCUGGCCGGCUGCCCUUCCUACGAUAAGCUGCUGUCUCCUCAGUACCGGGAAGACUAUAUGGGUAUCAUUAAGAGCUGGUUGGGCGAUAAAGUACAGGAUCACGACUACGUUGUGGCUUUGCAGCACCCAGUCACCACUGAUAUUCAGCACUCCAUAAAGAUCUAUGGACUCAUGUUGGAUGCACUUGUCUCCUUCAACAAAAAGACCCUCAUCCUUUUCCCCAACAUCGAUGCUGGAAGUAAGGAGAUGGUGCGUGUAAUGAGAAAAAAGGGCAUCGAGCAACAUCCCAACUUCCGGGCAGUGAAGCACAUUCCCUUUGAGCAGUUCAUUCAGCUGGUCUGCCACGCCGGCUGCAUGAUUGGAAACAGCAGCUGUGGAGUACGAGAGGCGGGGGCCUUUGGCACUCCGGUCAUCAACUUGGGAACAAGGCAAACAGGCAGAGAAACAGGUGAAAACGUUCUCCAUGUGAGAGAUGCAGACACGCAUAAUAAGAUCUACCAUGCUCUCCAGCUGCAGUUUGGAAAGAGAUAUCCCUGUUCUAAAAUCUAUGGCGACGGAAACGCUGUCCCUCGCAUUCUCAAGUUCCUCCGAUCCAUUGACCUGAACGAGCCCCUUCAGAAGACUUUCUGCUUUCCCCCCGUCAAAGACUGCAUUUCCCAGGACAUUGACCACAUCCUGGAGACACAAAGUGCUUUAGCUGUGGACCUCGGAGGUACCAACCUCAGAGUGGCAAUCAUCUGCUCCAGGGGUACAAUAGUGAAGAAAUACACUCAACCUAAUCCAAAGACCUAUGAGGACAGGAUGCAGCUCAUAUUGAAAAUGUGUACAAAUGCCACACAGGAUGCGGUCUCUCUCAACUGUAGGGUACUGGGUGUUGGAGUGUCCACAGGCGGGCGUGUAAACCCACAAGAGGGUGUGGUAUUGGACUCGACAAAGCUGAUCCAGGAGUGGACCUCUGUAGACUUAAGAACACCCAUCUCUGAUGCCUUGCACCUACCCGUCUGGGUCGACAAUGACGGCAACUGUGCCGCAUUGGCUGAGAGGAAAUUUGGUCAUGGUAAAGGAGUGGAGAACUUUGUCACUGUCAUCACAGGAACAGGUAUUGGAGGAGGGAUCAUCCAACACAAUGAGCUGGUCCAUGGCAGCACUUUCUGCGGCGCAGAGUUGGGUCACAUCAUGGUUUCGUUAGAAGGUCCGGAGUGCUCGUGUGGAAGCCGAGGAUGCAUAGAGGCUUACGCUUCUGGCAUGGCCCUGCAGAGAGAAGCCAAAAAACUGAUAGAUGAUGAACUGCUGGAAAUGGAAGGAUUGGAUAUGAAGCUCUCUGAGCCCAUCACUGCUGCUCACCUCAUCAGUGCAGCCAGACUCGGGAACACCAAAGCUGAAGCUGCUCUCAACAAGGCCUCCACAGCACUGGGUAUUGGCAUUAUCAACAUCCUGCACACAAUCAAUCCCUCACUGGUAAUCCUAUCUGGUGUCUUGGCAUCGUUCUACCAAGACCCUGUGAAGCGCAUUAUCUCUAGCAGAGCCCUCUUACCUGCUCAAAGCACCAAGGUGGUCACAUCAGACUUGGAAGAACCCGCCUUGCUUGGAGCUGCAAGCAUGGUAUUAGACUAUGCUACAAGAAGGAUUUAUUAAAGGAUAAAUACAGUCCUUGCCUCUAUAUUCGCAAAAGGCCCCUGUCAUUAAGAAGAAGACCGAUGAAGAACCUCAUUGUGGUACCUGCUCGCUCUCCACUUUGAUAUGGAAACUUUUGUGUAGGCUAAACUGACAAAUCUGCUUUUUUUUAGCUCUUUGUGAUAAAUUGUGUUCACAUGAAUACAGUUCCUCGGCAUCCUCAGCCAAAUGUUGGGCAAAUUCCACCAGGGAUAGUCAUGUCAUGUGUCAAGUGGGUCCAUUGUGCAGUCUACAAUGUUAUUCCGAUGUCCUUGAAGAGAAAUGGUAGAUUUGUCCUUCAUGUGAUAUGGGCAGACGGGGGAAAAAAUGAAAAUGAUUAGAAAGCUUGCUUCAUUUUUGACCAAAAUAUUUACAAAGAUGGCUCUUUGUGUUCUGUAAUGCGUAUUUUUUAACCUUUCUACAGGUUUUCUUUAUCCCUUACUGCGAUAAGGGUGAGUGUCAUAUCAUGUUGUAUUUGCAUGUUUUCUUCAAUCAUUAUUUAGGAUUUGGAGGGGAAAUAUUGAUGCCUCGAAGGCUUUUCGUGAUAAUGAACAUAACAAAGUAAUAUAAUUAUUAAAUUAUAGCCUGAACACUGACUGAAACCUGUUACAGCUUUUGCUGCUAUAAUGGUGUGUUUGCAGCUUUAUAUAUAUAUCAUAGUUAAAUAUACAUCCACUAUUUUUUUUAUGAUGGUUUAUGAUUGUACAAGUGAAUGCAUGAUGAAUGGGCCACAUUUAAAUCACCUUCCUACCUUUAAGGUUGUUGCCUCAUUAACACAAUGAUCAAAUAUCUUAUAAAGGAGGAAAGUAAACAGCUCAUUGACGAUUGGUGGGUCAAAGAGUUGCUGAAGGUUACUACAGCAGGAAUAAGGGUAUACCAAGAGUUACCAACAUUUUUCCAACUGCUUUGCGGCCAUUUCACCACCCGUGCCACGUCCUAUUUUAUAUGACUUUAACAAUGACUUUUGAGUUAAAUAAAACUUAACAUUU